AUGGCCUGUUUUAGUUCUGAUUUAAAAGCUGAUGGACAUGGUAAGGUAUGGGUGGACUUUGGACCUGAUGCAAAGCUCAAGCAAUAUGGCUGGAGGUGCACAACUAAGGAGGAUUCGUACUCCAACAAGACAUUACUUGGAAACUGGAACCAGGAACGUUAUGACCUUCAUAAACUUGAAGAAAGGAAGCCGCUGCCUUCUCAGUACACCCACUAUUAUGAAACCUCUCAUUCUGCUGACUACACCAGAAAAGGGGGCUCAACGGGGAGACAAGUUUAUAACAGAGAACCCCAUGUGUUUCCAGGACAUCAACCUGAACUGGGUCCACCACAAUACAGAACUCUUCAAAAGUCAUGUUAUAUGAUUGACUAUGGCAGCUCAUAG